ACAGAAACAGUCUCCGCCAGUCAAGAAACCCUCAAAAGUAUUUUGUCAUGGAUGCAGAAGAUGAAGAAAACAUGAGUUCGAGCAGCACAGAUGUUAAGGAAAACUGCGGUCUGGACGGCGCGCCCCCCAAGGACGGCAGCGCCCCGGGGCCUGGCGAGCGCGCCCCGCUCUCCAACGGGGGUGGCGGGGCCGCCGGCAGGAAGCGGGCCCUGGACGAGAGCAGCAACGGCCCCUCCAGGUUCCGCCUGAAGAAGCGGAGGAGGGCGCCGGGGCCCGCGCUGCCCAAGAACGCGCUGAUGCAGCUCAACGAGAUCAAGCCUGGCCUGCAGUACACGCUGCUGUCGCAGACGGGACCCGUGCACGCCCCGCUCUUCGUCAUGUCGGUCGAGGUCAACGGGCAGGUCUUCGAGGGCUCCGGCCCCACGAAGAAGAAAGCCAAGCUGCACGCGGCCGAGAGGGCCCUGCGCUCCUUCGUGCAGUUCCCCAACGCCUCCGAGGCCCACCUGGCCAUGGGCCGGGGCCUGUCCGCCCACGCGGACUUCACGUCCGACCAGGCCGACUUCCCCGACGCGCUCUUCAACGGCUUCGAGACCCCGGGCAGGCCGGACGGGCCCUUCUACCUGGGCGCCAAUGGCGACGACUCCCUCAGCUCGAGCGGGGACCUCAGCCUGGCUGCGUCUCCCGUGCCUGCCAGCCUGGCCCAGCCACCCCUCCCCGUGCCCCCGCCCUUCCCACCCCCGAGCGGGAAGAACCCCGUGAUGAUUUUGAACGAGCUGCGCCCGGGACUGAAGUAUGACUUCCUCUCGGAGAGCGGGGAGAGCCACGCCAAGAACUUCGUGCUGUCUGUGGUCGUGGACGGGCAGUUCUUCGAGGGCUCGGGGAGGAGCAAAAAGCUCGCCAAGGCCCGGGCCGCGCAGUCCGCCCUGGCUACUGUCUUUAACUUGCGCCUGGACCAGACCCCGUCUCGCCAGCCUGUCCCCAGCGAGGGCCUCCAGCUGCACUCGCCACAGGUCUUAGCCGAUGCCGUGGCGCGCCUGGUUCUGGAGAAGUUUGGGGACCUGACGGACAACUUCACCGCCCCCCACGCGCGCAGGAAAGUUCUUGCUGGAAUCGUCAUGACAACAGGCACAGAUGUGAAGGAUGCCAAGGUGAUCAGUGUUUCCACAGGGACAAAGUGUAUUAACGGAGAGUACAUGAGUGAUCGCGGCCUUGCGCUGAACGACUGCCACGCAGAAAUCAUAUCUCGAAGAUCCUUGCUUAGAUUUCUUUACACACAGCUUGAGCUUUACUUAAAUAGCAAAGAUGAUCAAAAAAGAUCCAUCUUUGAGAAGUCCGAGCGGGGAGGAUUUAAGCUGAAGGAUAAGGUCCGGUUCCAUCUGUACAUCAGCACCUCCCCCUGUGGGGAUGCCAGGAUCUUCUCACCACACGAGCCCGUCCUGGAAGAACCAGCAGACCGCCAUCCGAAUCGUAAAGCCCGGGGACAGCUGCGGACGAAAAUAGAGUCUGGUGAGGGGACGAUCCCAGUCCGCUCGAAUGCCAGCAUCCAGACGUGGGACGGGGUGCUGCAAGGGGAGCGGCUGCUCACCAUGUCCUGCAGUGACAAGAUGGCGCGGUGGAACGUGGUGGGCAUCCAGGGGUCCCUGCUCAGCGUCUUUGUGGAGCCGAUUUACUUCUCCAGCAUCAUCCUGGGCAGCCUGUACCACGGGGACCACCUCUCCAGGGCCAUGUACCAGCGCAUCUCCAACAUAGAGGACCUGCCCGCCCUGUACACCCUCAACAAGCCUCUGCUCAGCGGCAUCAGCAACGCGGAGGCGCGGCAGCCGGGGAAGGCCCCCAACUUCAGUGUCAACUGGACGGUGGGCGACUCGGCCAUCGAGGUCAUCAACGCCACCACAGGGAAGGACGAGCUGGGCCGCGCCUCUCGCCUGUGUAAGCACGCGUUGUACUGUCGCUGGAUGCGUGUGCACGGCAAGGUUCCCUCCAACUUACUGCGCUCCAAGAUCACUAAACCCAACGUGUACCACGAGUCCAAGCUGGUGGCCAAGGAGUACCAGGCCGCCAAGGCCUGUCUGUUCAGAGCCUUCAUCAAGGCCGGGCUGGGCGCCUGGGUGGAGAAGCCCACGGAACAGGACCAGUUCUCACUCACACCCUGA